GAAAGACUUUCAGCUGAAUUCUGAAUACAUGAAAGACUGAGCUCUCCAGCUCGACGGCAAUUUGGGAACAACGUUUUGUUACCAAUGGACAAGUUGAAUUCUUCGAACGGGGGAAAUACAGCUAAAGUUAAGAGCAGAAUAUUGGCCUGCUUUAGCUACACCACUGCCCAUGGAUAUGGACGAGUCGCCACAGCCAUUGGUGAAUCACGAUUGAGAAAAUGGUUCUGGUUGUUGGCUUGUGCCGCCGCAUACGGCGUGUUUACUUAUCAGCUCAUGGACUUAGCAUCUCAGUAUUUGUCCAAACCAUUAAAAACGAGGGCAAGCAUCGCACAUGAACAGAAAUUGGAAUUUCCUCAAGUUACUAUCUGCAACCUCAAUAAGAUCCGGAAGUCAAAACUACCGCAGCAAAUUAUUGACGAAUUUCCAGAAAUUCUCAAUUUUGACAUUGGAGAAACUGAAACACGCAACAUUACUGCCACACCAUCACAACCCGAUCAAAAUGAUUUUCCAGCGGUAAUGAAUCUAGGUGAUCUUCCACUUUUUGUACAAGUGGUGGAAAAGACUCACCAACGACUGGCAGAGUAUCCAGAGGCCGAGCUGGAACAGUUAGGACAUCAGCUGGAAGACAUGAUACUCGCCUGCUGGUUCAAUGCUAUGGAAUGCCUUUUUAACAAACAGCAUUUAUGGAUCCAAUUUUGGCAUCACAAGUAUGGUAACUGUUAUACAUUUAACCGAGGCACGAACGAGCACAAUGAAAGAACGGAAGUAAUGACGUCAUCUCUUCCUGGUCAUGAAGGUGGUCUCACGUUAGAUAUCAACAUUGAGCAGUAUGAAUAUAUAGACUUGUUAUCUCAAGAAGCUGGUGUUCGAAUAUUCGUUGCUUCACAGAACGACAUGCCUUUUCCUCACGAACUGGGCCACAGUGCACCACCUGGUUAUGCUACAGCCAUUCAGCUUAGAAAGGUAGUGGUCGGGAGAUUGGAUCCCUUUCACAAUCAAAGUUGUAAACCGGGAAAAGAUAUCAAUAACGAUAACAUAUUUCGUCGCUUUAACGUCUCAUACGGCGAUUUGACCUGCAAGUUCUCAUGUUUGGCUGUGAUGAUGUACAACAUGUGUGGUUGUGUAAUGUAUGCACUAAAAUAUUCAGAACAUCACACGAAUGUUUGCGAUGGCUCAAAUAAGGAUGCAGUUGCUUGUGUUAACUCUGCAUUUGAUAAAUACCACCAAGGAGCAUGUGAGAAAGGUUGUCAAGAAAAAUGCUGGGAAGACCUCUUUAAGACGACAUUAUCUCUUUCAAAAUGGCCUUCUCGGCAUUUUGAGAAUAUACUUGUGAGGUCACUAGACGAGAAAGAUCUUAAGAAUUAUUCCACUGACCUAAGUGACAAUUUCUUGAGGUUGAAAAUUUAUUACGGAGAACUAAACUAUGAAGUAAUUGCAGAAGAGCUUGCUUACACAUCAGCCAGAUUCCUGUCAGAUAUCGGAGGCAUUAUGGGAAUGUGGAUUGGAAUCUCCGCUCUGACGUGUGUGGAAGCUCUAGAGCUGAUGGCUUCCCUGUGUUCUAUGAUCCUGAGAAAAGUCAAACAGAAACGGACUGAUGUGAUUGACGUGCAGCCGAAUGAUAAUUCCGCAUAGGAAAUCAAAUUUAAUGCAGAAAAUUCACACUAAAAUAUAUAUACAUUGAGACGAAAUCUGUACAAAUAAGGCACCAUGUUAUUGUUGGUUAUAUGUCUCUGUUUCAUGGUAACU